AUGGCAGAGACGAAUUCGUCGAGUGCAUUUGAUGCAGAGCAAGGCUAUCAGAAGAAAGGGAAUACAUAUUUUGACGAUGGUAGAGAAAUCGAACUUUUGCACUUCGUCUACGAUCGAGCCGAACAUGUCAGGAAUUCGCCAUCUGCAGUACUGGCAGCCAUCGAUGAAUAUGCGCGAUCGAAGAAUUAUCUGAUGAACGUAGGGCAGUACAAAGGCAAGAUCAUUACAGAGCUUAUUCAAGAACAAAAGCCGCAAACCAUGGUGGAGCUGGGAGGAUAUGUUGGCUACUCUUCCAUACUAUUCGGGGACGUAUUCAAAAGAUUGGGCGGCAAGCGGUACUUCACCCUCGAAAGCAGUCCCGAGUUCGCAGCUGUUAUCAUGGCCUUGGUAAGGCUUGCCGGGCUGGACGACGUCGUCGAAGUCAUCGUCGGAGAUAGCGGUGCAUCACUGGAGAGGCUUCACCGCGAGAAGAAUCUCGAACAUGUCGAUAUGCUGUUCAUCGAUCAUAUCGAGUUUGAGAGGGAUAUCAAGCUCUGCGAGAGGCUCGGGCUCGUGUCUCCAGGAACCCUAGUUACUGCUGACAACUGUGUGUACCCUGGGCAACCUGAAUAUUGGAGUUAUAUGACUGCAAGUGUGCAAGAGAGAAGACCAGCCUUCAAUCGGGAGGAGGAUGAGAGGAAGCGAGGAAACCCAGAUCUGAUCUAUGAGAGCAGGUUAGUGGAAGGCUUUGAGCCAAGCGGCGAGAAGAAUGUUACAUUAAUAUUCUUGAGCGUGGCCUUUUUGCCCAUCACUUUGGUCAUAGUUCUGCUCAGCCUGGCCGCUAACAAGUUGCUGGGUCUUUUGAGCGGGCGGAACAUAAAGAGCUUGAGAUCAUCAUCUGGGAAGAAUGUUCUUGUGACCGGAGUGGGCAUGUCAAAAGGUUUGACACUCGCUCGAUCAUUCCAACAAGCAGGUCACAGGGUCAUUGGGGCAGACUUUGAGCCAGAUGGAGCUUUAUCGCCAGGAAGGUUCUCAAAUUCACUUGCAAGAUUCCAUCGACUCGAGAAGCCGACAGCAAAGCACGGAUCUGCGCCGUACAUUCAAGGACUGCUGGAUAUCAUUCAAAACGAACAGAUCGACCUCUGGGUCAGCUGUUCAGGGGUUGCAUCCGCGGUCGAAGAUGGUGGAGCGAAGGAGAUCAUCGAAAACAGAACAGACUGCAAGGCGAUUCAAUUCGAUAUCGCGACGACUCGGACGCUGCACGAGAAGCACACCUUCAUCGACAAGGUUCGAGCAUUUGGUUUGAACGUCCCGGAGACGCACACAAUUACGAAUCACCAACAGGUGCAGGAUGCUCUUCGAAAAGCCCCUUCUGGUCGGAAGUACAUCAUGAAACCCAUUGGAAUGGACGAUGCCGCCAGGGGGGAUAUGACACUACUUCCCAAGGCACCUUGGGAGGAAACGGUCAAACACAUUAAUCAACUACAAAUCUCCGAGAAACAGGCAUGGAUCUUGCAGCAGUUCGUCAAGGGGGAAGAGUUCUGCACCCAUGCGGUUGUCAUAAAUGGCAAAGUGAAAGUCUUCGCAAGCUGCCCAUCCUCAGAGCUCCUCAUGCAUUACGAAGCACUACCAGAAGGCUCUCCACUGAAUCUCGCCAUGCUGCGUUUCACUCAGCGCUUUGCGGCGAAGUAUGGAGACGGCUUUACGGGACAUCUAUCGUUCGACUUUCUGGUGGAGGAUACGAAUCAACAAGAUCCCGAACAAAUCGUGCUUUAUCCGAUCGAAUGUAAUCCGAGAGCUCACACGGCGGUCGUCCUCUUCAGCGAUGACCAGGACAUGGUUGCUGCGUAUCUCAGCCUUCUGGCUAAGGAUGCGAGCACGCCCACCGUCGUGUACCCGAAAAGUCCGAAGAAGUACUACUGGAUAGGACAUGAUCUUGUCGAGAGUCUACUUCUUCCACUGGCGCGACUGCUGUUGUUGAGAAUCUCAGUCGUCGAGUGUCUGCGCCAUGUACCCGUAUUCUGGUCGCAUUUGUUCUUUUGGAGAGAUGGAACGUACCGGCUUGAUGAUCCGUUGCCAUUGCUAGCGCUGUAUCACAUUUACUGGCCUAUGCAGUUCCUCAAUUGCGUUCGAGAAGGGCGAAGAUGGAGUCGACUCAACGUGUCGACGUUGAAGAUGUUUGAGUGCUGA